UGCAGUUGUCUGUUUGAGUCUUUGUGCUGCUUGGCCCUGCGGACGCCAUUAGUUUUUGUCCUUGUUAGUGUAGCGUUUGUUGCAAGUGGAAUUUAGGAAAAAACUGGUGCAAAUUUCCACUUUCAGUUAAGCAAGUCCGUUUUGUCCUUGCAGCUAUGUCUUCGAAACGUAAAUCGGAACCGGUUAAGAAGCCAGCGAAGCGGAAUAAGAAGAAAAUCGACGAAGAUUACAGCUCGGAUCAAAGCGACGAUUAUAACAACGAUGGGCCUUCAGCAGAGGUGAUUAUUCCGUCCGAUGACAUUAACAAUCAUGAACAAUUACCGGAGGAUUUACUCAAAACUUACGACAAAGGGCCCGGUCGGUUGCUUAUCUCUGGUAUGGUAACCUGGGACAUGACAGGAAGAAAAGCCGGUACUAAAGGCACAGCCAAAGUACGGCCGAAUCUCUACACUUUCCAUCGCUUUACGUCGGAUACGUACCGUUCCGUAGUAAGUGGAUGCUGUUCGGCUCACUCAGUGCUAAUUACUACGGAUAUGAAGGCGUUAGCAUUCGGCCGCAACCAAUUCGGACAAUUGGGUCAGGCUGAUUUGAAAACAAUCGAAAAACCAACCCAGGUUACCGGCCUGGAAUGCUUCAAUGUCAUCCAAGCAGCUUGUGGUAGAAACCAUACACUUUUCUUAACCGACGCUGGUAUCGUUUAUGCGUGCGGUGACAACAAAAGCGGACAAUGCGGUGUUGGAAACACACAGCCAAUGAUUUUGAAGGCGACUCGUAUAAACUAUGGAGGACCGCCGAUUAUUCGGAUUGGAUGUGGUGCUGAUUUUUCAAUGAUACUUGACAUAAAGGGUAAUUUGUAUUCUUUCGGGCUACCGGAAUAUGGCCAGCUUGGGCACAAUACUGAUGGUAAAUAUUUUGUAACUUCCAAUAAAAUGUCAUUUCAUUUCGAAACAUCGCCCAAAAAAAUUGUUUUAUACGUCGAGAAGGCUAAAGACGGCCACGUAACGCCCAUUGAUGAUGUUAAAAUUGUCGACUUUUCAUGCGGUAACAAUCAUACAGUCGCAAUUGACUCAAAAAAUAGAGCAUUCAGCUGGGGAUUCGGAGGCAUCGGACGACUCGGUCACUCUGAGCAAAAGGAUGAGAAAGUUCCUAGACUGAUCAAAUUUUUCGACUUCCAAAACCGAAAAGUCCUACGUGUUUUCUGUGGCACUUCCUACAGCCUUGCCACCACCGACAUAGGCAACUUAUAUCUGUUCGGUCAAAACAAGAAAACCGGUGAAGCAAAUAUGUACCCGAAACCGGUACAAGAUCUGUCCGGAUGGAACAUUACCAGUAUUGGAACUAGUUACACUUCAAUUGUCAUUUCCGCCGACGACUCGUUGAUCGCUUGGGGAGCAUCACCGACGUACGGUGAGCUAGGUCUUGGCGAUUUGCAGAAAUCAUCUUCCACGCCGAAAGCGGUUUCCCGUUGCGAUGGCAUGAAAAUACCACAAGUUUCAAUGGGUUACUCGCACACUUUGCUUCUCGUCAAUACGGAGCAUGAACUGACUAAGCAAAAAUACAACACAUUCCAGGAAUUUAUUAUAGAUUAAUCAAAUUCAGGUUUAACUAUUGUGUGAGCCUUACUAAUACCCGUUCGUCUAUUUUGGCAGGUUCAACUGCUUAUUUUAUUCUUUUACUUAUGUAACAUUAAUGUUAACUCCACACAGCAAGUCUCCUAAGAAUAAACUCAUUUUAU